AUGACUAAAAUAUCAUGGAGUAAGAAUGGAUUCAUUGCAUACACCGAUGUCAAAUCUCCCUUUAUGCUCUGUAUGAGCUACCUGGAGUGCCUUGACGGACGAAGGUGGCAAAUGGCUCCUCCCAUCAUGAUUGACGUUGGUGCCUCCAUUAAUCAGUUCCACACUAACGCUUUGUCCAAUAACAAAGUUAAUGGCCGUUCCGUGAGCGGUUUGCAGAUUCAAAAGGUCACCUGGAAUGGUACUGGCACAGACCUAGCUAUUGCUGACAGUCUUGGUAAUAUUAGUAUUUUUAUUGCUGGGGUCGAGUUAACGAAUUCGCCUAAUUCAUCUACUCCAAGUUUUGCUAUGACACUGUUGACCAACAUGGAGAUAAUUUACUACGACGAACAGGGAGUGUCGCAAGUGAAUUCUUUGAAGUGGUUGAACCUUAAUAAACCGAUCAUUGCCAAUGUCCCCGCUGUGAAAGUAGAAACUACCAAAGAUACCACCGUCUCCUCAGGUUGUGCAGCUAGACAAGGAGCCUUUGUUGAAGAUGCCAAUUGGAACGCUUACUCUUAUGGGGUGCAUCAAUACAAACCAUACGGGACUUCUCAUCCUAUUGGCGCCAAGCAUGCCUUGUUCGUGGUAAGAGAUCAUGGAGAUAUAACUCUAUACUAUCAAGGUGAACAUGGAUUAGCAUAUUACCGAUGUUCGGCAGUUUUGCCAGAAUGCUCCUAUGUAAAUUGUUCUAGCAUUGGAUUUACUAGAGAUGGAGAUAUUAUUGUUGCAGUUUAUUCGAAACUAGAAAAAACGAUUCAAGUUUAUCGAUGUACUAUUGAUUGGGGCUACUUAAUCGAUGCUGCAGAGCAGCAAAAAAGGAAUCCAUCCUACACUACGCCCGGCGAAGUCAAACAAAGUAAGCUUCCCUCCUUGAGUGUAGAACUUCUUCAAGUCGAACCAGUAUUGGAAAUUGAUGAGAGUGGACGACUGCAAACACUAAAGCACAUGUCCAUUGUCUCUCCUAAUUACAAUUCCAACACUGAACUAGAUUUCUUAAUCGGAUACGAAUCUACCACUAAUGAUGAUGAAGAGGUGUCUACCAAAAUAUACAGGUACCAAAUGGCAAAUGACCAAAAAAUUCACAUUCUUUCCGCUUUCUUGAAAAUUGGAGAGAGUGAUAAACAAUUUCAGGAUUCACUGCCCAGGGAUUAUUCAAUAAGGUUGAAACAAGUUGCCACUUACAAAGGGUCUAUUCUUAAUAUCGAGUUUUAUAAUUCGGACCUCUUCGUGGUGCUCACAUUCACUAACGGAGAAAUCAAAGUUGUCAACCGUAUUAAUUUCAAAGAACUUCUUUCUCCGGAACAGCUGGUAGUAGAUGGAGCAAUUAAGUUUCCCUCUACUGCAUUGAUGUUGAAUGACGCUGGGUUCCAAUUUCCUAAACUCGAUAUGGAGAAAGACGAUAUUAUAGAGACAUCGUUUUCCCCUAAUUUGACUUCGCUCGUUUCACUGAACAGGAAUACAAAUCAGCUUCAUUUUUACAACAUGAAAAGGAAAUUGGAUUGUUCAUUAAAGGGGUUCAUGUUUAUUACAUGUGUUGCUAUGGCUUUCAGAUAUUCGUAUUCAUGUUUUACAAACACGUCAUGUGAAGAUCUAUUUUGCUGCAUUCACGAGGAAGUUGCAAGAAUAGCCCCACACUGUGACGUUGACAAGCUUAACCUGGGUAUUAUUCAAGAAACCCAUCGAUCCAUAAAUUUCAAUAUUGACUUUGGAAGGGAACAUGUAGACAAACUAUUGGGAUCGCCACCUUUACAGCGAUUAUUGAGUCUACAAUUCUCAUUAAGCCUUUAUCAUGGAUGGAAAUCCUCCAAAUCGGCCGCCAUAGCCAACGUCAUCUUAAAUAUUCGAACCGUCGGCUUUGCUCUCAUGUAUGCGACGAGAUCGAUGGUGAUGUACGCCAAUAAAGUCUCCAAAAGAGGAACUAUGUUUGCAACAGAAGAUUCAAAGUUUCAGGCUGAAAGUGUUGUUUCCUGCCUUGGUCCGAUCAAAUGGUUCAUGGAUUUUUGUGUAGCAUUAACACAACAAUUUAUUGAACUUGACUCUCAAUUGAAGCUCAAAAAAUCAACAUCAGGUGACGAGUUUGUGGCUGUACCAAUCGUAUUGGGAAAAAUUCCAAGGUAUUUUAUGAUGUACUGUGUCAGUUACAUAAGGAGACUUUAUGAUUUUACCAAACAAUCUAUUGAGAAAAUUGAACCCAAUGCCACACUAUACAAAAUCGAAAACAACACUCUUGAACUGAGCCAGGUGAAACCUUUUACCAAGCCACUACUAGAAGUUUUUUACAGUUUAAAAAGUAUCCUAGAAGAGAGUCCGGUUAGUUUGGAAGCCAUUGAUAAGUUUCUGAAUCACGUUGACGAAGAGCUCAAGACUGAGUACUAUACUCGAUUUGGGACAGGCGAAACCAGAUCAUUGGGGACCGAGCAAUCCUUGGUCUUUUCAGGUGAAAUUCCUUCAAUUUUCCUCAACUCCCCUUCAAUAUUGGAGAUGUUGAACAACAAAUACUCAAAGUUUCUCUGUGACAAUUUGAGUGAUACCUAUUUCUAUGAUACCGAAUGGUUACGUUUGGAGUUUGUCAAGAAACAGCUGCAGAAUCCUAGUGGACCUACAGUCCAUUGCAGGACAGACCUUACCCGCACAGAGCAAACACAGGAAAAUAAUCAUUCCAUUCCUAAUGAUAAUAGCAGGGUCGACGACCUGCGCAAAUUAGUAUUCCCUUACGAAGUUAACGUCAAAAAGUGCACUAGAUGUUGCUCAGUCUCCCAACUUCAUGAACCCAUAUCCUUUGGAGUAUCGCCCGUUAGUAUUUGGCUUAUGGCAUUCCAGAGGAGCUGCAUCUGUGGGGGAUACUGGGUUCAUAGGAACGGCCCGAGUGCAAGCGAGUAA